GAGCUGCGCGGGGAAAGGGGGCGCCCUCCGCCUGUCGGAACCUGAGCGGGCGCGCCCUCGGGGGAGCCGGCCGGGCGAUGGCCGCGAGGCAGGGCUAAAGCGGGCGGCCGCUGAGCGCCCCACACCCUCGCCAUGCAGAAGAGCGUGCGGUACAACGAGGGGCACGCCCUGUACCUGGCCUUCCUGGCGCGCAAGGAGGGCACCAAGCGCGGCUUCCUGGCGGGGUGGAGCCGCUGGCACGAGAAGUGGUUCGCGCUCUACCAGAAUGUGCUCUUCUACUUCGAGGGCGAGCAGAGCGGCCGCCCGGCGGGCAUGUACCUCCUGGAGGGCUGCAGCUGCGAGCGGGCGCCCGCGCCGCCCAGGGCCGGCGUGGGACCCGCAGGCGCCCGGGACGCGCUGGACAAGCAGUAUUACUUUACUGUUCUUUUUGGACAUGAAGGUCAGAAACCACUAGAGCUGCGCUGUGAGGAGGAGCAGGAUGGUAAAGAGUGGAUGGAGGCCAUUCACCAAGCCAGUUAUGCAGACAUUUUGAUUGAGAGGGAAGUUUUAAUGCAGAAGUACAUUCAUCUAGUUCAGAUCGUAGAGACAGAAAAAAUUGCAGCUAACCAACUCCGACAUCAACUUGAAGAUCAAGACACAGAAAUCGAAAGGCUUAAAUCAGAGAUUAUUGCUCUUAAUAAAACCAAGGAAAGAAUGCGACCUUACCAAAGCAACCAAGAAGACGAGGAUCCAGACAUCAAGAAGAUUAAAAAGGUUCAGAGCUUCAUGCGAGGAUGGUUGUGUAGAAGGAAAUGGAAGACCAUCGUGCAGGAUUACAUUUGUUCUCCUCAUGCUGAAAGUAUGAGGAAGAGAAACCAGAUUGUGUUCACCAUGGUGGAGGCAGAGUCGGAGUAUGUUCACCAGCUCUACAUCCUGGUCAAUGGCUUCCUCCGGCCCUUGAGAAUGGCAGCCAGCUCCAAAAAGCCGCCCAUCAGCCAUGAUGACGUCAGCAGUAUUUUUCUCAACAGUGAAACAAUCAUGUUUCUUCAUGAAAUAUUUCAUCAAGGACUAAAGGCACGGAUAGCGAACUGGCCUACAUUAAUUUUAGCUGAUCUGUUUGAUAUUUUGCUCCCCAUGCUGAAUAUUUAUCAAGAAUUUGUGCGUAACCACCAGUACAGCCUCCAAGUCCUCGCCAAUUGUAAGCAAAAUAGAGAUUUUGACAAACUCUUGAAACAGUAUGAAGCCAACCCUGCCUGUGAGGGGAGGAUGCUGGAAACAUUCUUGACCUACCCCAUGUUUCAGAUCCCCAGGUAUAUCAUCACGCUGCAUGAGCUCCUGGCUCACACACCCCAUGAGCACGUGGAGAGGAAGAGUCUGGAGUUUGCUAAGUCAAAACUAGAGGAGUUAUCCAGGGUGAUGCACGAUGAAGUGAGUGACACUGAAAACAUAAGGAAAAACCUUGCCAUCGAGAGGAUGAUAGUGGAGGGCUGUGACAUCUUGCUGGACACCAGCCAAACAUUCAUCCGCCAAGGUUCUCUUAUUCAAGUACCUUCCGUUGAGAGAGGGAAACUUAGUAAAGUUCGCCUGGGUUCAUUGUCUUUGAAAAAGGAAGGAGAGAGACAGUGCUUCUUAUUUACAAAACACUUUUUAAUUUGUACAAGAAGUUCAGGAGGAAAGCUGCAUCUGCUCAAGACAGGUGGGGUUCUUUCUCUAAUAGAGUGUACAUUGAUUGAGGAGCCCGAUGCGAGCGAUGAUGACUCCAAGGGUUCUGGUCAAGUGUUUGGACACCUGGAUUUUAAGAUUGUGGUGGAGCCUCCUGAUGCUGCCCCUUUCACUGUAGUCUUGUUGGCACCUUCGCGUCAGGAGAAGGCUGCCUGGAUGAGUGACAUAAGUCAGUGUGUGGACAAUAUACGAUGUAAUGGUUUAAUGACUAUAGUGUUUGAAGAGAAUUCCAAAGUUACUGUGCCACAUAUGAUUAAGUCUGAUGCCCGUCUUCAUAAAGAUGACACUGACAUUUGCUUCAGUAAAACCCUCAACUCCUGCAAAGUGCCCCAGAUUCGUUAUGCCAGUGUGGAGCGCCUCUUGGAGCGGCUGACAGACUUGCGGUUUCUUAGUAUUGAUUUCCUCAACACCUUUCUGCACACCUAUCGGAUCUUCACUACGGCUGCAGUGGUGCUGGCCAAGCUUUCUGACAUAUACAAGAGACCUUUCACCUCCAUCCCUGUCAGGUCAUUGGAAUUGUUUUUUGCUACCAGUCAGAAUAACAGAGGUGAACAUUUGGUAGAUGGAAAAUCGCCACGUCUAUGUCGCAAAUUCUCUUCCCCACCACCGCUGGCUGUGUCCAGAACAUCCUCCCCAGUGAGGACCAGAAAGCUGUCCUUGACUUCUCCCUUGAACUCAAGGAUAGGAGCACUGGACCUGACUACUUCCUCGUCAUCCAGCACUCCUACCACCACCUAUAGCCCUGCUGCAUCCCCACCACCCCACAGCAGUAAAGUACCAUUGGACCUUAGCAGAGGCCUCUCUUCUCCAGAACAAAGCCCGGGAUCUGUAGAAGAGAAUGUAGAUAAUCCCCGUGUGGAUCUGUGUAACAAGCUAAAACGAAGUAUCCAAAGAGCAGUCCUAGAGUCUACACCAGUGGACCGAACAGGAGUGGAAAGCUCCCCUGCAGUGGAUGCCACAGAACUUUCACCUUGCAGAUCCCCCUCAACUCCCCGGCACCUCCGCUAUCGCCAGCCUGGAGGACAGACAGUGGACAAUGCCCACUGCUCUGUUCCCCCAGCCUCUGCUUUUGCAAUUGCCACAGCUGCAGCCGGACACGGGAGUCCACCAGGAUUUAACAAUACAGAGAGAACAUGUGACAAAGAGUUUAUUAUACGGAGAACAGCCACCAACCGAGUGCUGAAUGUCCUCCGUCACUGGGUCUCAAAGCACGCACAGGAUUUUGAACUCAACAAUGAACUAAAGAUGAAUGUCCUAAAUUUGCUAGAAGAAGUCUUAAGAGACCCAGACCUUCUUCCCCAAGAAAGGAAGGCCACGGCAAAUAUCCUGAGGGCACUUUCACAAGAUGAUCAAGAUGACAUCCACCUAAAAUUAGAGGAUAUAAUUCAAAUGACUGACUGUCUGAAAGCCGAGUGCUUUGAAACCUUGUCGGCAAUGGAGCUGGCUGAGCAGAUCACCCUCCUGGACCACAUCAUUUUCCGAAGCAUUCCCUACGAAGAGUUUCUCGGGCAGGGGUGGAUGAAACUGGAUAAAAAUGAAAGAACCCCUUACAUUAUGAAAACCAGCCAACACUUUAAUGAUAUGAGCAACCUCGUGGCCUCCCAGAUAAUGAAUUAUGCCGAUGUCAGCUCCCGUGCCAACGCCAUCGAGAAGUGGGUGGCAGUGGCGGACAUUUGCCGAUGCCUGCACAACUACAAUGGCGUGCUGGAGAUCACCUCAGCCUUAAACAGAAGUGCCAUCUACAGGCUGAAGAAAACCUGGGCCAAGGUGUCCAAGCAGACAAAAGCUCUAAUGGACAAACUUCAGAAGACUGUUUCAUCUGAAGGAAGAUUUAAAAAUCUCAGAGAAACUCUUAAAAAUUGUAACCCCCCAGCAGUUCCUUAUCUUGGGAUGUACUUGACAGACCUGGCAUUUAUUGAAGAAGGAACACCAAACUUUACUGAGGAAGGCCUUGUCAAUUUUUCCAAAAUGAGAAUGAUAUCACACAUUGUCAGAGAGAUACGCCAGUUCCAGCAGACUUCCUACCGAAUAGACCAUCAACCAAAGGUCACGCAGUACCUGCUUGACAAAGCCCUCAUCAUAGAUGAAGAUACGCUAUAUGAGCUGUCACUAAAAAUUGAACCUCGGCUCCCUGCUUGAAGAUCUGGCUGUGCCCAAGUCCACAGAAUUUUCAUGGGAAGUGGGACAGACAGAAUUGUGCAUGCCAUGCCUCACACAGUGCGGCGAGGACUGGGAGAUGAAGCCCGUCUCCCUUUUCCACCGCAGAAGACGGAGCCCAACCGAAUUCUGUCUCCAGCCAGAGAGAAACCCAACUGUUUGGGUCAAAAGACAGAUGCUGCAGACUCGGGUGGGGAGGUGAAAAGAUGAAUAUUUACUAAAGCUUAUGGCGUCUUUUACAUAAGGGAGUGUAAGAUGGGAGAUGCUAGUGGCCACUUAAUGAAGAUGGUAGGGAGGCAAAUCCCUAACUUUGUCCUAUGUUCUCUUAGAACUCAGGGGCGGGAGUCAUGGGAAAGACCUGGGGUGUUUCUCUGGCACUUUACUGGCCUGGGCACACCUACCUUCUAGGAUCUGACUUCCAUCCCAUUUCCUUGUGUUACAAGCUUCACAGAAAGCCGAGGCUUCCUUUUUAGGGAUGGGCCAGCAUAUAAGCAAUUUCAGUCUCCAGCAUGUGCAUGGUUUCCAGUGCAUUAUAAACAUUUCUAUUUGAGGAAUGGUAUGUUCUGAAACUGCCUUUCCAUUCUCUAAGCAACAGGGCAGGAAAGAAAUGAGGACAAGUGGAUUUGUGCAUGAUAAUUCAAAACAGGCUGUGCCAUGGAGGAGGCCACCUAGUGGCUGUGUUGGGGUGAGGUGAAGGGUUUCUUGAGACUGUUAGUCCCAGAGGCCAGCCCUCUUGGAGAGAUAGCUGCAGAGAUUGCAGAAAGGUGCAUGUCCACCUCACCGACAAAACUGUGGACCAAGAGAGAAGGCCACAAAGUGCUGUGGGAGUAACGGGUUUCAAUGCUAAGUGAGAGCAUACACCUACACAUGAGCUCUGCAUUUUGCUUGCUUACUUUCCUCUCCCCCUCUUUCUACAGUAGGCAUCUAUUCUAAUGUCCUUUGGGUUUUUUUAGGCUCAUUAUGAACUUUAGCUGUAUUUUGUAAAAGAAACCGUUUAGUGGGAUUUUCUUUUAAAGCCAGCCCUUCCAUGUGCCGUUGGUAGACAGUCCACCCCCAGCCCCAACCUCAUCGUUGUUUAAACAUGAUUUUGAGAUCUUUCUGAAUGAGAAUCCUGAACGUGCAUGAGAAAUAAGCCCAACCACCCAACAGCUCUUAUAUCAGAAAACCAAAUGCAAGGGUUAGUCCUGCUACCCUAGGCUGGGGAAGUGACCUUACUUUUCCCAAGAUUGUCGGCUGUUGCAGAAACAGGGCUAUCUCAUUGUUUACCUCCCUCUUCUCUUCUCAGGGAGACUGCUGCUUUAAAAGAAGGAAGAGAAAAAUACAGUUGUUAUUACCUGAGCCUGUCGCACCUGACAUUUUCUCUCAGAGGCAUGACACUUACUGAUGCUAAUAACGAACAGUUGAUCUGUCUGGCUGUUGUCCCUCUUUCUUUGCACUUUAAUUAUGUUGGUAGAGCUAAUACCUGACUAAUAAAUUAUACUUACUGGCUCUUAAGACCCAGUGGAAGAUAAAGUACCAUAGAGAUAGAGAAUGUACGUGUUCUACGCAGUAAGGGCCUCUCUGUACAUAACCAUUUAGUGAAAUAUCAACUAAGAGGAAAUACUGAUAACAUUUGAAGAAUAUUCCAGAAAUAUUUUCGAUAGCUCAUAUCAGCCAACAGUGUAGCAUUAAACCCAAGAAGGGUUACUUAUGAAUGCUUUAUUCUCUUCCUCUCUCUCUCUCUCUCUCUCUCUGUCUCUCUCUCUCCCUCCCUUCCUCUUUAAGUUGCUUGUUUGUUCUCUUUAGUUUCAAAUAAGAGGUUGAUGCAUCUUGAUGCAUGACGAGCAUGGACUGUUUGGAUCCUAUCAGUGCAUAACUUGUGAAUCAUUUCUCAGUGUUCAGAAACUGAGAGUUUGAAAUAUGUGUCAAAUGCACCAAACACCUCAAGGUCUUAUGAAGAAAAGUGAAAUGAGGGUUAGCUUUCUUGGUUCAAAAACAUUGUUUUGGAAGGUGCAGUAAAACCAGGACGUGUCACCUACCACCAGUGUCAGGCAAAACAACAUGUGGCAAGGUUGGUGCAUUCUGCUCUGCCUUAGAGUAGCUGAAUUCUGCAGACAGGAAGGGACAGGUCUGUGUGUACUUUCCUUGGGAGUUUGGACUCAUUUCUCUGAGCCAAAUGUUCCAGAGGCGCUGAAGUCAUCCUUAUUACAGGAAAAGUAGGAGACAGAGGAAUUUCCAAAUGUUCCUCCCCUUUGGGAAUGCAACUUUUCAGCUAAGUGACAAAGCUUUAGCGUCCAUCCUUGCACAAUAUUGGAAGCGCCCCCCAGUGGUCAGCCGUGAGCACUGUGAAUCACUAUGCUGACCUUUAUUACCUUAUUUUAUUGAGAGAUACACUCCCUCCUGAGCCCUUGCUGAAGUUCCAAGAGGAAAAACUCCACACACACAAACUCCCCCACCCCCCGGCAAGGGGCUGUUUUUUUUUCUUUUUUUUCUUUUUUUUUAUGACCUGCACCAUUUGUGAGCCAGCUGGGAUAGGACUGCACAUUAUAAAAAAAAACUCAAUUUGAUCACAUUUUAAACCCCUAAGAGCAAUGUACAGUGUUUCUGCUGAUCGUUAAAAGUACUCACCCCGUCUUCUUCUGCCUUUUAAGCUUUGCGUGUAUAGAGGCACACAAAGCAUGCACUCCUAGCCGUGUCUGCCUGGAUUCCAUUAUAUGAGUCCCAUUUUUAAGAGGCAAUGGGAGGUCAGCCACUAACAGCCAAGUAGCAAACAUUAUACUGCAAAAUUAACCCAGAAAAUCAGAAGUAAAAUCCAAUUUUAUGCUUUCGAAUGAAUACCCACAUUUUGUACUGUCAAUGGAAUUAUCUUGAGGCUUUUAGGGGAUGCCUUUGGUUAUUAACUAAGACAUCCAGUUUUGCUAUAGGGACAAAUCUCUUACCCAUGCCAAUAUAUUAUUUGACAGAUUCAGGCAUGAAGUAGAACGUUGUCACUUUUCCUUAGUAUUUCUCUGAAGAAAUUUAAAGAGGGAAUUUUAAACUGCUGUUGCAAUAUUUUCAAGUGGCUCUCACACAAAACCCACUGUAUUAUUCAUUACAUUUCAAUUCAUCUUAAAGUUCUCCUUACAAACACAUGAACUCAUAGAUUGAAUAACCUGAAUAACUUAAGAGGAAAAAUCCAUUAUGCUCCCACUGGGAACUCUUUUGCAGAGAAUUUAAGUGUACGUAUUGUUUGUGUGUGGUAAUGAAACUGCACCUCUUCCCUCAUUAUUCUACGAGACAGGGUCUUGGGCUAGCAAAGACUGAGCAGCUCUUAUAUUCUUAAUUUAAAAGACAUGUAAUAGAGAAGUUAUUCCCAAUGAAAUUCAAUUUUAUUUAAAAGCAAAUGAUUUUAUUUAGCCUUUCUCUGCAAUAUUUGAUUUUAUUGCCCCUGGGGGAAAAAAAAAAAAGAUCUCUCUCUUCAAUGUAAUUGUAAGAGUUUUCUAAUUUAACCUGUGAAUGUUAUUGUUUUUACUGCGAUUGAGAUGGCAUCGGGAUACUAUUUAUUGCUGAAGAGUCACACUAAUGUCCAUAACCAGAAGAAAUGAAUGAAUAAAGUUCAUUAUCAUUUCAGUAAAAAAAUCAAGCUGUGAGUUUAAGUAAUGACCUAAUUAUAGACAACACUGUAUGAUUUUUGAUAAUAAGAUUCGAGUCCAUGAAAUCUAAUUAGAGUGCCAUUUCUCAGUGACCAUUGGUGACUUAAAAGUAAGGCAGGACAGAACUAAAGUGGAAAAUAAUUAUUGUAUUGUGGUUAUAAACACACGAGUGAUUCAGAAAAUUACUCAUCUCAGCUUCCACACACACAAUAUUAACACUAAGGUUGAUUGUACUUGAUCUGAUCUACUCAAGGAAAAUAGUAGUUCUACUUAAUGAUCUCGACCUAUUGUCUUUCAUACAACCUAUUUCAUUUU